AUGGAUUCAGCACUAUUUGGAAGCGGGGCACCAUUUCUUAAAUUGGAUGGAGCUGAAGAAUUACCAGAUUCAUUUGUUAGCGAACAGUCUACAACGGAAAGAGUCGAACUCGAAAGAGUCAGAAAAGCAAUACCUGUCGAUAAAAGAAUUGAUGAUAUGGAAGAAGUACCUUCACUAGAUGGAUUAAAAAGACCUAAUAGAGGGGCGAUGAGGGAAUAAAAAGAAAUUAAAUAUUUGUUUUGAAUCGUAGUUUUGUUAUUAUUGUAAGGCUGGGUUCAUCCUGAAAUCACGUGAACGAUAAUGUCGCUAUAAACUUUGUGCUAAGUAGCGGAAGUUCCCAGAGAAAAGGAAAGAAUAUUACAAACGGCCAUUCCCAGAGAGUUAUUAGCCGCCCAUUAUCUAAGCUUAACAUCGCCACUAACUUAUCCUUGGGAAAGCGAUUAGUAAAUAGGCUGGUGCUUAUAAGCUCUAAUGGAAUAGGCAAAGGCAGAUCACUUCUUCAUUCAUUCAACAGAGUUGCCGGCCGGCUUAUCCAUCGUGUAAAAGGAGAGACGUCUCCCUAUAUUCCCCCACUGCGUGCGAUUAACUUAUUUCUAUACUCUGCG